UCUAUCGCGGGAUUUCUCAACAGUUAUUAGGCUGUUACUGAUUCUGUCAGCUCACCGUCAUCUUAUUUUUGAACAGAAGUGAAGACAUCUCUCUCUAUUUUUAUCAAUUAAAAUGAUGCUUGUGCAAAUCGGACGGAGCAAGUUAUCGAGGCACCAUCAACGAAGAUUACGGUAAGGAGGAGGAGCGACCAAGUCAGAAAUUUCUGUACAGUAAAUAAAGAUUCUGCAAUUCGAAUCCAAUAUUCAUAAUACGUAAAUAUAUUCGGGAGGUGAUAUGGAUGGAUUUGAUUUAGCAGUCCUUGGAUUACCAAUGGCUGCAUUUGGAGUUCGUGUCGUCACAGACUACCUUGGUGAAAUCCUGGUUACGACUGACGACGAUAUUGUGAAUUUAGAUGCAUCGACAAGCGGAACUGCCGUCGAUGAGUUGGUUGCUACGGAAAUACACGCCUCUAUUAUAGAUAACGAAGUUUCGAAAACUAUACAGAAACUAUCAAAUGAUGGCUAUGAAAAUAAAUGGAGUUGUGCUAAAUUUCUGAUUAAAAACAUAGAUCCAAAGUGUGCAUGUGAAUGCAGAAUAAAACAGAACGUUUCCGACAGCACUGAAACAUAUCACACAGCUGAGGUAUCUGAAGGGAAUCAAGUGACGACCAAUGACGACGACACCGUGGCACCUGGAGUAGAUGGAUUAUCAGUUUCUACAGAAACUGAAGUUAGCGAGGACGUGUACGAGGCGGACGACGAGUCAGGGUAUGAAAUAUCGGUAAACGACGGAUCUGACGACGAGUCAAUUACAUCUGAAAAGUUCUUCUCAAUGAUUAACUGCCGUGCUCGUGAAGUUACCAAAACGAACGGUAAUUCCCCGAGAAAGCAUAUUUCAUCCAAAGAAUUCAGGCCUAUUCAAAAACUAUCGACACGUGUGAAUUCAUGUAACAAAGACGGUGUUUGUGACAUGGAUCCUACGAUAGUACUCGAAGAAAAGGGGGUUUACCAAAAUACAAAAGAGAUUGAUCAGAUAAAACGCACGCAGGUAAACUAUAUUUUCCCUGAAAGGCGCGACGGACAAGGACGUAACAACUAUUGUUUUUAUAAUAAUAAUAUUAACGAUCGUCCUCGAGAAAAGGCCACUUUAAACGAUUCAUUAGGAAAACACCAGCUUGACCAAUCAAGACAGGAAAGUCUACAAAGUGAAGGGCGGAUAGACCAACAUGCACGUAAUGUGAACACAGACAUUGUCAAUAUUAAUUCAGUAUCGGAAUCUGAGUUGAAUGAGCAUUAUGACUCUUUAGAUCACUCAAGGCUGACGACUAAUCCACUGUCAUCCACCAGUUCCGGCAACAAUAACGCAAAAGCAAAUUCACUGUCUGAUGAUAGUUGUACUCAGUUAACGACAGAAUAUACAACGCAUAAUUCAUCGUGGGUACCAGUUAAAUCAACAGUUGAAGACAAUUCAGAGGCUGUCAUUAGACCUACAGGUAAACAAUAUCACUCGGAAUCAACCAGCAGUCCAAUAGAUCGACAGUCAAUUGAUAACGGAUCCGAAAUGAAGGUUAUAACCGACUCAUCGGCAGUGAUUGACAUCCCAGAAACGCCGAAAUCACCAACACGACAGUACACAGUCGCAUGUCCCGUCAUCGAACAGACAUCUCCCAAAGGGAAGAGAUGGAUGAAGAGAAUGUCACUGGAGAUCUCGUUCGUUGACACUCCUCCACUACCUCUCACUUCUCCAGAUGCUCCCGACGGUCCCGACUUUAAAUGCAAUGACAGCACUGAAAAUACUUUACCAGAAACUGUAAAAGGUGCCACUAAAGCUACUACGAGUAGGAGAACGGGCGACGAAAGUUCGACUACAACUCGUCGACAAGAACACGCCAGGCCGCACCCCAGAGGACGAUUUAUGUAUCAAUUUGCCGUACCACGUGCGCAUAUACGCAGUGUCAUUGGCGAUCAGGCGCGGGUGAUUCGCCGAUUACGACAACGAACGUGCGCUACGAUUUCCGUAAAUUAUCCACGAGGUUUUGACGGCUGUACAUGUACAAUAGAAGGUACUUACAGUCAAGUUCUAGGUGCAGUUCUCAUCUUACGGCAGAACUUCCCACAACUGGAAUGGAGCCAAGAUGAACCGGCAGACCAAACAGCAGGGACAUGAUCAACCAGCAGAGAAAACGCCGGGAACGUGAAUUUUCAGGAAAUUUCGAAAAAAUAGUAACAUUUUUCUUAACGAUUAUUCAGUUUAUUUUAUAACAUAUCACAGUAAAGUUAAUGUAUUUAUGAAAAAAAAUCAAAUGUUUCAUUUUGUACAUAAAUUUUAAGUACAGUAAUUUAUAGUUUGUUUUAGCAUCAAAACAAGACAAUUUUUUUUUCAUUCUGCAUAGACAGUACUGUAAAUAGAUUAAAUUCAAAGUAUUUAAACUAAAAAUGUUGACACGAGUUUCGAAUAGUUUUAGAUUUUCAAAGUCAUUUAGAUUUUAAAAGCCAAGGCAAUAUCAUCAAUAUAUCCGAGAUAGCUUGAUUGUUAUGUUGAAACUUUCUUGUCAAUUAUGAUAUUAUUGUAUGUAGUUACAUUAUAUAAAGUGUUACAGUACUACUGUAUGUUGUUGAUCUAUAUAUUUGGCAUGAAAAAAACAAUGAUAUACAGUAUCCCACUAAGUUCGAGGACUUGGUUUUAGUAGGGUCUUUUUUGUGGUUAAUUAGCAGUACAGUGCACCAGGAGACAAUCCCCUACACUUUUCCAAAAAGCAUACUGCAUUCUUUAACACACAGGGACCAACAGCUUAAACCUUUCAAGCAAAAGACAUAGUUACCAACCUGAGAGAUUUUAAGUGCACGAGUGACUACACCAGUUUUCAGACAGUGUUUGUUGACAAUACUAAGUACAUAAACAUAAGUAUUUUUAAUAAAGCCUGUGAAAUUUGAGUUUGAAUGCAUGUUUAAUUUUCUAAUGACUCAUAAUAAAACCAAUUUCUUCUA